AUGGAGCGGUCUGGUGUGUCAUUGAUGACCACGUCGAUUGUCAAUACAGUGAUGGAAGGCACGGUAAGUCCCAUUCGGAUUCAGACUGUCUACCCCGACGGCAAGUGUGAGCCGGAGUUCCCAACGGGAGAGACAUCGAUUGAAGUCUGGAUUUUCACUGCCGCUGUCUUUGCUAUCUCUGGAUCAAGUUUUCACUGGCAAGCCAUGGGUUCACGGGAGAUGAGCCUCCAUGUCGGUCUAUUGCAAUACACCUGUAUCACACUUCCCACUACCAAGCGACCGCCCCUUUUGGUGUAUUCGAGAGAAAUGGAUCUCGCAAACCUGGGCAAGACCAACCAAGUGCCGAGCACCUCCUACUCAAAACACACAACAGCACUUCCUCACCGUAUAACUAGAUCAAAACCCCCCAGCUCAAACCCGACAUAUCAUCCACCACAUCAAUCGCUCAAACAGCCAUCUACACAAAGCAUCACAUAUCCCCACCUAUUACUUUUUCGUAAUACCAAAAAAAAACCCCCAGACCGUACCCAGCCAAAACCCAAACAAAUGGACCCAAAAGACACAGAACCAUGCACCCCAAACGUCAAAAUCUACGACAUGGGCAAGACCAAAGACAUCGAAUACGACGUCCGCGACCAACUCCGCACCCUCAUCCCAGACUCCAUCAACACCGUCCACAUCCUCAACUGCCUCCCCACCGCCGCCCUCACCCUCAACCUCCUCCCCGGCACCAUGCUCCCCCGCGCCAUCAUCCGCGACACCCGCGACUCCAUCCUCCGCAUGCAACGCGCCCUACGCGCGCCCGCCCAGCCGCUCGCAAAAUGGCUCCUCCUCGUCAUGGACUUCAGCGACGCCGCCUACGCCAUCUUCAACCUCCGCCCCGCCAACACGGCCAGUCUCAAGCUCGCCUUCGAGCUCUGGAUCAUCUGGCUCUGGCUCGAGACGUUCAACAAGUGCUCGCGGAAAGCCGUGCUGUAUCAUCUCCAGAACGGCGUCGCGCCGGACGUCAUUGUCGAGCAUAUGCGUGCCGCCGACCAGGUUGACGCCCAUGAUCAUUGGGAUAUUCGCCAGAAGCUGCGUGAUGGGCUGCCUGGUGGUUGGGUGGAUGAUUUGGCGCUGGAUGUGCUGGAUGAUCAGCCUGCGUUUGUGAGACAGGCGCAGAAGGACCUGGAGGAUGCGCGGCUCCUUGCUUUUGUGGCUAUACAGGCUCGGAAUGAGGAGCAGUCGAGGCAGGACAUGGAGCGGGUGAGGCGGCGGAGGGAGGCGCUGCGUCGGACGAUGACGCACUGAGUAGUUUGGGAGCCUAUCCAUAGUCUUUUGUCCAAAUCAUUCGUUUUUGGAUACUUUUUGUCUGUUGGUAUCGGAGAUUCCAUCCAAGGUCCAUAGCCUGUUAACCAUAUAUCCUACGUAUUCAGUACGCCGAAAUCGCGGUUCGUCGCCCUCCCUACACCCUUUUCUACGUCUACAUCUACGACCAGACACUUAUACCCUCAACCUCAUACUCACCCCCUUACACUCCCCUGUACUCAUAAACCCCCUGUUAGCCCUCCACCAUAACCCAUCCCAGCC